AUGCAUUUGAAACAUAAAGGAUACUUCGGUGUUGUGCUUAUUUACACCAUCACAACAAUCGCUUUGCCUCUAGUAAGCCGGUGCGAGCCCACUGCGUCCUCCUUCCAGUCGAAUUCUCCUCCUGAUGACAGCAAAGGUCAUUUAACUACGGAAAGCAGCAGCAGUCAUUCCUCCGGCCCUGACGUCGGAGAGCGGCUGGACCUCGGCUCAAGGCGCGCAGAAGACCUCCUAAACUCUGACGACCUCCACAGCAGGAAAGAGAAACCCAGCAGCAGCCCCGAAGAAAAGCCUGAGAAGAGACUAAGACCCAGAAUGGCGUCUUCUUCGGGUCCUACAGGUGUCAGUGGCCGUCACAACCCCAGGCAAGCCGAGGACGAGCCGGUUUAUUCAUAUGGAGACUGCAGAGAGGGGAAAAUUAAGCACGUAGUUUACGGCAAGUUUGUCAUCGCUGGCCAGCUGGAGCCAAACGUCCCAACUCUCGACUACCAAUCAGAUUCCUCUGCUUCAGUCCGGUCUCUGGGAAGCCAGACAAGGCUCAGGGGUCACCGGGUCAGCAGCACAGUGGAGAGCUGGCAGAGGCUGCUGCCUGUGGUGGAGUGUGAGGAGGACGGCAUGACCCUCACUGUCAGGAGGAGACGAGCUGCACAGCUCCUGCUGGACCGAGCGAAUGAAUCAUCGGUGCCUCUGUCCCAGCUACCACCACAGUGUGGUUACACUCUUGAGACCACAUGGAGAGACCUCCGUUUGAUGGCUCCAUAUUACGCUUGUCAUGUCAUUCAAAAGGAUGGCAGCUAUGUGCUGCCUCUGCUAUGGAGGGGAACCCCGGUCAAGAUGUCCUGUCCAGUCUCUCAGAUCAGCCCUCACACUGUGGGGCUAUCCUCCCUCUGCUGCUCUUCACAUGGGAUGACUGUCAAAGUACACGAAUCGACUCCUUUGGAGAAGCAGAGAGUAAAUGUGAGAGGAGAUUGGACCCCUCUAGCUCUGUUGGCUGAGCAGUGUGGCUACACUUUGACUAAGCAAGAUGCAGAUACUUUAAUUGCUGCUCCGUUUAUUACAUGUGGCAUCACAGAAAAGGAUGGAGAAUAUAUACUUCCUCUCCAGAUAGGCAAGGAAAUCUUCACACUUGCCUGCCCUAUGUCUUCUCCUGAAGAGCUCUCCAUUAACACUCAGCCUCUGGUCAACAGCCCAGCUCAUCUAACCAGGGGGGAAGAAGAACCUAUGUUAGGGACUCAGGAGCCUUUUCCAUGGGCCCCUCCUUUCUACCUGGCUCCACCAUACUAUCCUCACCCUACAUAUCACCAUAGUUAUGCCAGUCCUAAAGUACAUGCUUCAUAUGAUUCUCCUACUCCAGCAUCUUUGACUCCUGAGCCGACUUCUAGCUCUCAGCUUCACCCUCCUGUUGAUUUCCAGCCAGAUUAUCAACCCUACUACGUCUACCAGAUGCCUUUCUGGGAGCCGUAUGACAGUCCUCCGUCACUCGUUGAAGAAAUGGAAGAUUUACGUCGGGAGAACCCAGAACGAAGAAAAAAUCAAGAAACUCCUUUUUUGGUGUUCUCUGAGAAGCACAGUGUCACACCUACAGGCUUUCCAGCUCAGCUCGAAGCGCCGCAUUUCCAGCCUCUGAGACACGAUUUCAAUCCAUACUACCACUACUACCAUCACCCCAAAAUCCCCCUUUCUGGCAAACCUCAAAACCCUGAUUCAGGUCUGGAUGUUUCUCACGAAAUCUCUUCAGCUCACUUGCGUAAACAUGAAUUUUCAGCUUUGGCCCCUAACGUUCAGCAGUCUAAGAGCAUCAGGAAAGUCACCUCGGACCAGUUCCCUCCACCUGUGUCAGAGACUACCUUUUAUCCCUACGCCCAACCGGAAAAUGCUAAAUUGGUUGACAAAACCCUUGAAACUCAUGCUCCUUACCUUCUAAACCCAUAUCUUUACUACUAUUACUAUUACUUUCCACAUAUUUCAAGGGAUUACCUCGAGGCCCACACGUACACGCCCUCCGCCUCACCCUGCGGCCUUGGCCUUGGACCAGAUACUGAUUGCAGUAACUCUUUAGGCUGCUGUUCAAACACUGUGAAGGGCUGUACAGUGGGACAGUACUGCGUCUUUGCGGUGCCUGACUCUGUAGUACAGCCCACAGUUGCUCCUCCGGCUCAUUCCCCUGAGGACAUUAAUGCUUCCUGCACGCUGCAGAGGUUGACCCCUGAUCUUGACAUCUACAUUGUACCUCUGGAUGGCUGCGGAGUAAACAAACAUAUGCUUGGCGAGACGGUGGUUCAUCUUUUGGAAGUUCGAGGUUUACAUUCUUACCAAAACGGCGAUUCUGCACAUGAGAGUUCUCCUUUCAGGUUUAUGGUGGGAUGUAGUUCCUCAGCAGAUUCUCCAGGUGAAGUGAAGUUUCAUGUGAUGGAUGAACAGCCUCCUCUUCCUCUCUCACAGCCAACACCAGCCGCUGUCACUGUGCAACUGAGAAUUGCCGAAGAUGAGUCUUUCACCAGCUACCACCCUGAGGCUCACCUCCCUCUCAGCCUCUUGCAGGGCAGAACAGUUUAUGUGGAGGUUAGCCUGAAGGACCCCUCAGAGUCCACACUUGUGCUGCUGGUUCACUCCUGCCUGGCUUACACUGAAGCUCCAUAUCCCAGUGGGAUGCUUGUUUAUGAUGGCUGCAGCAGCCUGGGGGUUUUGCAGGUGCUUCCGACCUCGGACUUGCAGGUCCGGAAGAUUGCAAUUUACAGCUUCCUCUCUCUUCCACCACACAUGACUAAAGGGGGCUCCCUCCGAGAAGAUCCAGAGAUCCACUUCAUGUGCCUGACAGAAUUGUGCUCUGAUGACUGCACCCUAAGAUGCCUCAAAGGUCCAAACACUGGUGUGUAA